AUGAACUCGCCGCGGUGCCUGUUCGGAUCGACAAGUGUUGGUGAAAAGGCAUAUGUUGCGGGGGGCAGCGAUUCUUGUGGAAGAAUACUUAGCUCCGCGGAGAUGUAUGACUCGGAGACACAUACUUGGACACCCUUUCCUUGCAUGAAUAAGGCUAGGAAGUUGUGUUCUGGCACAUUCAUGGAUGGAAAGUUCUAUGUGAUUGGUGGUGUUACCAACGACAACGAGGUGUUGGCAUGUGGUGAGGAAUAUGACUUGGAGCGGCGGUCUUGGAGGGUCAUCCACAACAUGUCCGAGGGCAUCUAUGGAGUGGCCGGUGCUCUUCCACUUAUUGCCGCUGUCAACAAUCAGCUUUAUGCAGCUGAUUAUAGUGACAAGGAUGUGAAGAGGUAUGACAAGCUGAAUAAUAGGUGGAUCAGCCUUGGAAAAUUGCCUGAACAAUGCGUGUCAAACGAUUCUUGGGGCAUUUCUUUCAGAGCCUGUGGUGACCGGCUGAUUGUCAUUGGAGGUCCUAGGACUUAUACUGGUGGCACGAUUGAGAUUCAUUCAUGGAUCCCGGAUCAGCAACCGCCUGUGUGGAAUUUGGUUGCUAAACGGUCAUCCAAGAGCUUCGUUUAUAACUUGGCCGUGAUGGGUUGCUGA